AUAAUUAAAAAAGUUGAUAAUGUUAGAAGUUCAGAUGAGAAGUUGAAGCAUAGUAUUAUUAUACAUCUUAUAAUGGAAAGAAGGAUGUAUUUUAUUUAGAAACAAAUAGACAAGGGAGUUCCAGGAGGUACGUGUGAAGUAUUAUAUGCCAUCUAGGACACUCUGUCGCAUACGUUCCACUGCACGCGUGGCGUGCCAUAUUUCUAUCAGCUACUAUAAUCGGUUAAUGAGCCAAUCGAGAGAGAAACCGUGAGGACUGAGUAUAAACGACGCGAUAGAACAGAUGACAUACAGUGUCCGGUGUAAUAUUUCAAAUAAACGAAAUAUUAAGAUAUCAUUAUAUAUAGUUAUAUUAUUUUAUAGAUCAUACAUAGAUGUAUCUUUUUCAGAAUGUAACAACAUCAAAUUUUGCCAGGAGUACAAACGUGCAGUUUUUAAAAAUUGACCAUCUCGCGCAAAUUGAAGGAAACUUACCACUGAUGUGGCCAAAGAUGAAGCAGAUCGCCGAGAUCGCGAAGCCGGAUGCGACAGCGGUGGCCAAGACAGAGAGUCCGCUUCCGGAAACCGCGGAAGACGCAGCUGCGCCGGAUACAACGAGACUGAAGAGGAAAGUUGCGAAACACUCUACGGCCACGGCUCUCCAGAGCUCGAGACUGCGAGCCUCUAUCGACAUGGGUGCUUUCUUUUCUACCGGUUCCGCGUUGUUCUCUUUGAACGACGAGAUCCUCGUUAACAAGGUCACGAUGUGAGCGUCCAACUCCUUCGAAAACGUCUCGGUGGUCAUUUUUCUCAACCGAGGUUUACCGAAACUUGGCAGAAUGAACGACAAUGCACUCUUACGAACGCACUUUCGCGCGAUGUCAAGGCUUUCCCGACGCGAGAAAGUAUGGUAUAUAUUCAAAUUAGCGGGCGAGAGGACGAAAGAGCGGCGAUGACUCUUGCAACGAGGGUACACGACGCGCGUAGUCGAUGUUGUCGGAAUGGCAACGCGCUUUCGAGUGACAUGACGAUCGUCCGAACAAGUGGGCCCAGACUGUACGCGAGUGCCUCCACCACCGCACCACCCCCACUCUUCGACCACCACCGGUGCAUCUGUGCCUGAACCCGAGGAAACCGACAGGCCACGCGCAGCUUGUGUAUGUACAUACGUGGCCCAAAAAAAAGUACGGAACGAUAGGGGGAGAAGAGUGUCCAAGGUGAAAUCGUAGCGCCAAGACAGGAUGUGGUCAAGAUGGUGUUUGAAGGGUAAUUGCAGCACCCUCGUGGGAUUGGGAUUUUUUUCCUGUGUCCAGGUUUAACCCUAGCCUGCGAUGAGACUGUGCGUCUGCACAGUGAUCUUGUUAACGAUAUAUCCGAGGAGAAUUAUACAAGAUAUAAUUAAACGAAAUGUUCUUUCUGCGUCAGAAAAUUAGCAGAGAAUACAGGGAGGGACAGAAGUUUAAAAUGAAAACAAAGAAUGGAGAAGUUCUGGAUAAAAUGGCACGAGCGAACUCAUCCACACGCGCGUUGAACUAUAAUGAAUAUUAAAAAGAAUAAUUGCGCCGAGAGCUGUCUUAUUCCCACGAGUUCAAAGACUGUUUUAAUACAAAAGUCCCCAGAAGCAAAAAAGAAGGGAUGCACGCAUGACAGAACGUAAACAACGAUUAUAAUAACGUUCAUUUAAAUCAACUUUACACGGACAUAAGGCCUGGAUGGACCGAGUGUCUUGUCUCGUAAAUUUGUGUUCAUCAUACACAUUGUAAACUUGAGUACCUCGCGAAUAUAAUGAGCAGAGUGCAGCCUUAAAGAAACUAUAACUCUUCUAUUCAGAACCAUCAUUUUCAACUCCAAAAAUAUACAGGAUGGUUCAUUUAAGUGAGAAUAUCUAAAAAAUAUCUUUUCGAAUUGUAAUGAUGCAAAAAAUAUUUUUAACAUGAAUGGUCAAUAAUUGAAUACUUUUUUCCCAAAGUGAUUUAUUUUUUCAGUUUUCAAGAUCAUUGAUGUUUCUUUUUCAUACAAUUAUACAUGUAACUGUUUCUUAUUUCUAUUUAGCAAUACAUAUAACUAUUAACAAUAUAUACAUGUAUUUAAUAUAUUCCAUACAACUAUACAUACAACUAUUUUCUUUUAUUGCAUCGUUGCAUUUAUAACUGGCAAAAAAAAAAUAAUCUUGAAAUGAAUCUGAUAUCCAAAAAAUUUAAUUUUUUUUUUUUGAAAUGAUUAAUCACUUUUAUAUUGCUGCCAAAUCCCAGUGAGAAAUGCACAGGAUUUACAGAAUCCUUUUGUGAAAGUCUCGAUGAAAAGAUAAAUGAUACAGAUGAAAUUUUUCUCCUUUUAAUAUUCGUAUUGUGAUAGUUUUAAAAAUGCUACUCUCACGCUCUAGUGAGUCUUGGACUCACGUAUGGAUUUUCCUCAAUUUUAGCUACAGUAAUACUUUUAUUUCUUUCAUUAUUAAUAGUUUUAGUACCCGCAUGUUUUUUCAUGACAUUGCCAGUUUGACGAAAAGUUUUGAGUAUGUAUUUCGUGACGGACGAUUAGGAAAUAUAUCUUGAACUGCUUCUCUCAAACACUGAUCGUAAAUGAAUAUCGCAUCUAUCUUUUCUUGCACUGAGUACGCCAUUGUGAAUUACUGACACGCUGAUAUUUCGAUACGCUGAUCGGAAUUUCAAGCUGCUAGAACAGAUUAUCAUUGACGAUGUAAACAAAUAGUAAACAUGUUUAUUUACAUUUAUUAUUAGACUUUCGAUCGUCGCUAAGAUCUGUAAUCUCGAUAGACAUAAAGUUAUAAAAUUUAUUUGUAAAACUUACAUUUUCAAGAUCAUGUUCUUUACAUAUCUGAACGUAUUUUUUACCAGUUACGCGAUGUAAUAAAAAAUAUAUAUAUAGUUUAUGAGAAAAAAAAAAUACAAAUAUCGAUGACAUUGAAAACUCCGAAAAAAAUGAUCUUGGAAAAAAAUUACAUUGUCUUUUUGAUAUCGUUCAUAUCAUGCGCAUCAUCGCAAUUCGAAAAGAUAUCUAAGUGGCCCCGUUUGAAUGGACCACCCUAUAUAAAUAUAAUUUGUUUCACAAAUUGGACGAUUUCAUAUAUCUGAAAACUCUGAAGAAAAAUGAUCUUUGAAAAAAAAAUACACUUUUUUACAUCAUCGUAAUUCGAAGAAAUAUUUAAAUGGACCACCCUGUAUAAUGAACGGUAUUGCAGUCGUAAAAAGAAAACCAUCAUCUUCAACUUCAGAAAUGCUGUCGAGAAUGAAUCGUUCGUAAAUCAUCGGGACAGGAAGGCGAGACGUGUAUCUUCAUGUCAAUCGACUCUUCUUACUUUUGCAAUUCGCGAAUGGCGUUCUAUUUCGCGUUCACUUUUGUUCUCAGAAGCCGACCCCGUCGUGUCAAGCGUGACGAUUCCAAGAGGAUAGCCGAGAACGGACCAGCGUAAUUAAGCCCGGGCCAGUUCUUUACAGGGACUGUACAAGCGUCUCCGGCCCCGUAACUCGGAGCAAUUGCUCGAGCAAUGCACGUUCCUAAAUACAACGUGAUCUCUGUGUCACCGAGUCUAUCAGUUACUUUCGCGACUAACAUUUUUUCAGCCAAACGCAUCCGGUUAAAUUACGUUGUAACUGUGACAUUCAAUUUGGAUAUAUAUAUAUAUAUAUGUAUAAUUCUCUGUUCAUUGAUUAUAUAAAUCUCUAUUCUUAAUAGACUACAAAGAAUCUAACGAAAGCAACAAAAUAGCGAAGAACAGCUCGAGACGAUCGCAAUCGACAGAGAGAUUAUUUAACGAUGAAAGUAACGCAAUAGCGGAAUCGAGGGGGGGAAAUCGUCGAUUAUUGCGUUAUUCAUGUCCAUCGGUAUGUUAUCAAUCUCAACGAUACUGCAGCGGUGAUUUAAUUUUAUUCAACGAUUAUGUUUUAAAAACACAAGUAUCUAGAACAUAUAUAGGUUAGGUAUGCAGACAGUCUAUUUGUAAGAACGAAAUUUUACAAGUUCAUCAAAUUAUCUAGUGAUCACCUACAUUCGAAUUAUUUAAUUUACAAACAUUUUAAUACAAAGAUAAUGUCCGCCUCGAAUGAGCAUCACUGAUGUACAAUCAAUUUCAGGUAAAAUUUCCGGAAGAUAAGCGUGUACACCUCGCACGAGCCACGCUCUUAUGACUGAACUCUAUAUACGUGUAUGUGUGUGCAGUGUGUGAAUACAACUCAUCCAUUCACGCGACGGCAUACUUGGGCAAUCAUAGGGAUUCAUAGAUCCUGUUGCUCGAUUAUUUCAGUAUAUAACAAGUAUUUGCCGGUACGUGGGCGUUUGAUUGCGGCGCGUAUUUGCACGCGAGGGUAACAUUAACCAAGUUCAGUACACUCUGGAUGUUGCUCCGAGUAACGUUCGUAUCGCAAACGAUUUUCUCCGAUGUCAACUACCACAGGCUUUCGCUUUUCAUCGUACAACCGAGAGUUUGCUGAGAGGCCGAGUUUCCUCGCUUUACUACGUGCCUGAGGAAGUGUUGCGCGUGUGUACACACCGACAAGCACGCUGCUGCCCCUCCUUGGUGAAGUACCAAUACGCGCGCGGGCAAGAUGGCCGCGUAUACCUUGUGUUCAUCGAUUGGACGCGUCUGUUUUUAUCUGUGCCUCCUUGGAGCUACGGUAUUGUGUCAAGAACAGAUAUCCCCGGGUAGUCGAUAUUAUAGUCGCGAUGGAGUGUACGUGCCUCCGAACGGGCCGGAUCGCAGAACCGACACUUAUGUUUACAAAGAUAGGAGGUACGGAUAUCGUCCUAGUUACCUGGACCCUGUUUACAGAGGACCUACCAAGGCGCCAGACACUCGGUACCUUUACGAAGACACAACCUCGAGACUACCUCUACCUGGGAUAUUAGGUGGCUGGCGAGAGGAUCUCCAAGGAAGAGAAAGGCCUGAUUCAAAAAAUCUAGACAGAGACGUGACCGUGAUCACAGCCUAUGGACAAGUGCAAGGAUUCAAGGUUCACUUGUAUGAUGAUCCACAAGCAAGACACAGGCCCUGGAAUUUACCAGUUGAAAGAGUUACCAAGCAUGUUAACGUAUUCCUUGGUAUUCCUUAUGCCAUGCCGCCUACGAAGGAAGGUAGAUUUAAACCACCUAGACCUCACAGAGGUUGGCAGUUGUUGCAAGCUGUUGAUUGGGGACCAGCUUGUCCUCAGCCCAGCGCAUACACUGGUGCCACCAAAGGUAUUCGCGAUGUCGACGAGGAUUGCUUGUAUUUGAACGUUUUUACGCCAGAUAUCAGCUUUGGUUUAGCUCAAGCAUAUCCGGUGAUGUUCUACAUCCAUGGCGGAGAGUUUACCCACGGGGCUAGCAACUUAUUCCCAGCUCACAUCCUGGCUGCAUUUUACAAUGUAGUCGUUGUUUCUAUCAAUUACCGGUUAGGAGCUCUAGGAUUUUUAAGUACUGGAGAUGAGAAUAGCCCUGGAAAUUAUGGAAUUCUGGAUCAAGCUAUGGCAUUGAGAUGGGUGUACGACAAUAUCAGAGCCUUCAAUGGCAAUCCUGAUGCAAUAACUCUCUUUGGACCCGGGGCCGGAGCAGCAAGUGCUGGAUUGUUGAUGGUCGCUCCUAAAACCAGACAAAUGGUGUCGAAAGUGAUAGCUCAGUCAGGUUCUGCGCUGGCAGAUUGGGCAGUUAUAAUGGAUAAGUACAGAGCGCAAAAUACGUCCAGAGUGUAUGCAGAAUCAUUAGGCUGUAGCAUAGAAAGUAGUUGGAAAUUGGUGCAGUGCUUGAGGAAUGGUAGAUCUUUCUUCGAGUUGGGUAAUUCUGAAUUAAAGCCACACAUUGGUACGUUUCCUUGGGCUCCUGUGUUGGAUGUUAAUUUUACAGUACCAAGUGACAGUUGGUACGAAGACUGGAGAGCAGCAGAUUGGCGUUUCUUUGUAGAGACACCUGAACAAAGCAUAAAAAGUAAUAAAUUUACGGACAACUUGGCAUACAUGGCUGGUGUGACUACUCAGGAAGCUGCAUUCCUUAUAUAUAACAAUGCAACGUUAGCCAGGAAUCAAUAUAUCAUAGAUUCGGAAUUAUUCGACCAAAAAAUCUGGGAACUUGUUCUUCAAUAUAAUUAUACUCUAAAUCCUCAAGGAGUUUACGAGGCUAUAAAAUAUAUGUACACAUACUGGCCAGACCCGAAAAACAUAACCCACAUUCGUGAUCAGUAUAUCAAUCUUUUGUCUGAUUUUCACUAUGUUGCUCCCUUUGACAAAAUAGCAAAAUUAUUGGUAGAGAAACGUGUACCUACAUAUUUGUACGUACUAAACACAACAAUGGAAGCAUUGAGAUUACCACAGUGGCGCAGUGUUUCUCACAACACUGAACUUCUUUGGUUAACAGGAGCACCUUUCAUGGACAUUGAAUUUUUCCCUCAAAAGUGGAACUUAAAACGAGAUAUGUGGACGGACAAAGAUCGCAAUAUGAGUCAUUUUUUCAUGAAAGCGUACGCAAAUUUUGCAACGUACGGAAAUCCUACACCAUCGCAAAUAUUAGGAUUGCACUUUGAUGUUGCCAAACCUGGACAGUUGCGGUAUUUGAACAUCAACACCACUUACAACAGUUCAAUAUUAUUGAACUAUCGACAAACUGAAAGUGCUUUCUGGUCUAUGUAUUUGCCAACCGUUAUUGGUCGUCUGGUACCUACGUAUCCACCAGUUACUGAAUAUUGGUGGGAACCAAAACAACCCCUGCAAAUUGCUUUUUGGUCAGUUUCUACUGCCUGCCUGUUAUUAAUCGUGCUUUCUGUAGUGUGCUGUAUGCUUUGGCGCAAUGCCAAAAGACAAUCUGACCACUACUAUAGCGGAGACAUCCUCAUGGUGCGAGACGACGAACCCUCGGAGGGAAUCGAGAAUAUGACUCGCGCUUCGAAAGAAAACAUCCACGAGUAUCGUGACACACCACCGGUCAGAUCUAGAAUACCACGGCAGAAUGAAGCGAAGCUCCAGGAACGAUUGGCGCAUAAUCGAAAAUUCAGCUCUACUCCAUCGCUAAGGAGCAAUUCCAACAUCUCACUGAAAGAUAUGCGUUCCGAAGGAUUUGUUACCAGUUCACCAAAUGGACAACCUAGAUUAAGCAAAGCUAUGAGCCAGUCUUCAAUAGCAAAAACUAAAAGCAAGACGCAUUUAGUUCAAGGUGUCCCACAAACAGCUGUAUAAUGUCUUUCUUCCUUCUUUUUUUCUUAAAGUAUUAUUUCAUCAUUUUCUACCUAUAGUUGCAUUAUUUAUUUUUCUGAACAAAAGUUCAAGCUCGUCAGACGUCUGAAAUCAGAAAUAUAGGUUUUCCUUAAACAAUGUGUGUUCAUAUAUAUGGAAAAGUGUCUUUUAGUACAACUGGAGAUACUAAAAAGUAUUUUGUAUAUAGAAAAAUGGAAAGAUUUAUUAAGCGACUGAAAAGUCAAUACUGCAAGACUUGGCUAAACGUUUCGUCCGUCCAUAAUAUUGUUAUUGUAUUAAUAUUGCAUUGUACAUAUCGACACACGUAUUUUGUACUUUUUUAUGUUUUUAAUUUUUAUCGUUGUAAAGAUCGAUGUUACUUAUAUACCGAAUAUGAAAUCUAUUUUUUAGCGAAAGCUAAAAACGACAGUAAUUAUGUAUACUAUAUAAUAGUAUAAUAUAAUUACUUUAAGAACAAAUUUAAUAAUCGUUCAAACAAACGUAGAGAGUUUUUAUAUAAUUUUAUACUAAAAAAAGUUACAAAUUUAUUAUAUAUUAUAAGAUAUUUAUAUAUUCCAAUGUUUUCUUUAUAGUAUUGGUGGAAAACACGUGUAAUCGAAUCGAUCUCACUAUUACCGCUGUUGCAAUUCCAAUAUUAUAAAUUAAUUCUAGUAUUUUAAAGUACCUAAUUAUUAUACAGAUGUAUAUUAUUAUAUAAUAUAAAGAAGUUUAUGUAUUUUACGAUAUACGAGAUCUCUAUCUUGUAUGAAAAAGGGUACUACAUUACACGUAUUAUCACAGUUGCAUUUAAUUUAGGAAAUACAUAUAUUUAAGAAAUAUGUAUUGUAAGUGUUAGAGAAUAUCAAACAUCACUGUUAAAUUAAGAUUUCUUUUAAAUUAAAGACCACACCGUGCAGGCAAUAUACAAGCGUUCAAAAAUCCCAAGAUGUUCAAACGCAGCCAUAUUCGUGUCAUACAUUUUGCUCGCUAGACAUACAGAUAUAUUCAUCGUAGAAUUCUAACGAUCAUGGUAAAUCGUAAAUAAUUUUUCGAUCCAGAGGUAGAGAAACAUGGGACCAAAACGUGAAACCGUAAGAUUCGAUUUUGAAAACACGCGUGCUCCGCAUGUCUGUUCCUCUCUCUUUCUCUCAUGUACCAAAUUGUGCGAAAAUCACGCGUAGAAGUACGUAUCCAAGGGGAAGACGCGAAUAGAUCGGGAACAACAAACGAAGAAUCAGUUCGACCCUCUCCGUUUGGAAGUGAAGUAUCCCGGAACGGCGAUACAGUUGUUGCAAUGCGAAGAGAAACCGAUUCUGCUGGCCGCCGCGGCAGCUUUGGCGAAAUUUGGUGGCAAAUGCCGGGAGAACCUGCAAGUUUUGUUCGAUCUUGAAAUCAUGGACAGUGUGAUCCCAUUGAUCACGCACGAGGAUUUGUUUACACGAAGGUUCACUUCAAAUAUGUUCCAUUCCUUUCUUAAUUUAUUCGUUUAUAAUUUUCUACUGAAAUAUCAAAAACAAAAAAAUAUGUAUUGUUAAUUUCUGUAUGUACGUGUAUAAUCUAAUUGUAAUCUUUUGUAAUAAAAAUAAAACAGAUUCGCGCUAAAAUUGUUGGCUGAAAUGGUAGCCAUCCCUAACGUCCGUGACUUCCUGCUGGAUUCCGACUAUUACAUCCCGCACUUCACCAAAGUCCUGAUCAACGAACGUGACACUUUUAUGCACGAGUUCUCCUCCUUGAUCCUGGCAGAGAUUACCAAGGAUGUUUAUGGAAUAGCGCAGUUGCUGAAACAAUAACCUGUUGCAAGAUCCCGUUGGUGCAGAGCAGAUCAUCGAAACUAAGGUCGAAAAGUUGAACGACUCCACCCGCGAGAGAUCAGGUUGUGAAAUGGCCUAUGAUUUUCCAGAGUUUCGAUCUGCAACUUGUGUACGAGUUAUUCGACUCUCCUUACGCUGAGAUCCAGAAGCUGGCGCUCGAUGUGGUGGCCGAUCUGAUGCGCAGGAAUAAAGACGAUCGUCUGCACGAUCGCUUCCGACGUACGAACGGGCUUGGAGCUUUGUUAGAACAUCGAGUGGGAGGAUCUUCACGCGGAUGCGCUCAAGAUUCUCUGUUUCGCAUGUGACAACCCUACCACGGUUGAACUGUUCGAUAAUAUAGGCGGCAUCAGGCAGAUAUUGAAAUACAUAGAGGACACGUCGAACUCGAAGCUUUUUAUGGAAGCUCUGGACAUAGCUGUUCGUUUGUCGCACACGUCUAGGGGUAGAAAAGUAAUGUAUGCGAUUUAAAUAGACUGAUUGGUUGAUUUAUUGCGGAUCGAGUAAACGACAUAUUGCUUAAAGCAAUGUUGGCUGUUGACAGAUUGAUCUAUAGUGUGAUCUGUGUUUCUUAAUCCUUGGU